AUGUGGGCCGUCGACAGUGGUGCAACGCACCACAUUUGCCACGACAAGACCAAGUUCGCAAGUUUGGCAGAGCGCAAUGAGGGCGAACUCUUGGUGGCUGAUGGCAACAAGGUGGCCAUCAAGGGUGUGGGAACCAUCAUGGAAAAGGUGGUUCUGCCCAACGGUGAAGAGCGUGAGAUCGAAAUCAAGAACGCGCUAUAUGUUCCAAGUAUGAGCAAGAACCUGCUCUCGGUGCCACAGAUUAACAGCCAUGGCAAGUUUCAAGUCGUGUUUGACGGGUCCAAGAUGUAUGUGACUCUCAAGAACUCACAGCAAGUGGUGGCGACAGCGGAUCUCGUGGAUGGACUCUACUGGCUUCGGACGACUCAACGAUCAGCGAAUGUGACAACAAGUGGAACCAGUUGUGCCGAUCUACAUGCGAGAAUGGGUCAUGCUCCAGUCGAUGUACUUCGCAAGAUGAUCGCGACCAACAUGAUCAAGGAUGUGCGAGUCCCUCUCAAGUCGGGUGGAGCAACUACAUGUCGAGGAUGUCAACAAGGGAAAAUGGUCCAAAAACCAUUUCCAAGCAACCGAGACAAGCGCAGCUACGAUACGUUUGAGCUACUUCAUCUGGACAUCUGCGGGCCCAUGGAAAAGGAUUCGCUCGGUGGCAGCAAACAUUUGCUGCUGAUCAUCGACGAAGCCAGUGGAUGCAUGAAGGGCUUUUGUCUACGAGUGAAGUCCGAGAGUGAAGACUACAUCCGGAAAUAUAUCACCAUGGUACAGACGCAAUUCUGUAAGAAGGUCAAGUUCGUGCGACACGACGGAGCUCGCGAGUUUGCAACCAACUCGCUUCAACUGUUCUACGAAGACGAAGGCAUUGAACAGCAGACAACGGUGCCGUAUGCACAUCAAACAAACGGAACAGCAGAGCGUGCCAUUAGGACUAUUGUCACGAUCGGCCGCAGCAUGCUUCAUCAUGCCAAACUGGACAAGUGUUUCUGGGCCGAAGCAGCGAUGACGGCCAUCUACGUCAAGAAUCGACUGCCGUCACCUAAAGUUGUGCACAAGAUCCCGUUUGAGAUCGUGUACAACUCCAAGCCAAGUGUCAAGCACAUGCGAGUAUUCGGCUGUCAGACAUUUAUACUGACUCCGAAGGAGAAGCGACUCAAGUGGGAUCCAAAGGCUCGCGCUGGCAUAUUCGUGGGCUACGAAGAAGUUUCGAAGGCAUAUCGUGUUUAUGACAUCGAGGCGGGGCAGGUGGUUAUCAGCCGCGAUGUCAACUUCGACGAGUCCACCUUUGGACUUCAACUGCCGAUCACUGAUGAAGAUGUCGAUGACCUGGACUUCGAAUUGCUGGAUCUUGAUGACGAAGAGCUGCGUCAAAUGGAGUACAAGCAAACAGGCAAGCGCAAGAACCGACUCAAUGAUGAAGAUACAGCAGCUCCACGACCGCGUGCAGUGCGUCAACGACCAGGACUAGAAGAGUCAAGCGCGCCGGAAAACAACUCGUCACGACAAGAAGAAGACGAAGAAACGAAGGAUUCUGGUGAUUCAACACCGCCUGUGUUUUGGCGUGCGAGUGCAAAUGCCGUUGAAGCAGCAGUGGACUUAUCAGAACCCUCAACAUUUGAAGCAGCAGUAAGCGGCCCUGACCAAGUGCACUGGAGAUAA